UGCGUCGCACUCGAGUAUAUCCGCUCGAAUAAAUCUGGGAGCACUUAUUUUGCAUUUAGCCCGACCGGAUAAUCUGCAUGUGCAGAUUACGAUUAUGGCCACGUCUAAUCGUUUCUGUAUUGGUUGUGAAUGCACUGCUCUUCAUAUAUCUUGUUACCAACGUUAGCGACAUACUUAGCGAUGGGGAUGAGUACAUCGAAAAGCCGACAACGGUGCGACCUCACAAACUCUGUGUAAUUGUUCCAUUUCGUGAUCGCGAUGUGGAGUUGUCUCAAUUCGCUCCACACUUAACAGAUUUUCUGCGCAAACAGAUGAUUGAUCAUCAUGUUUUGGUGAUGAACCAGACAGAUGGAUAUCGGUUUAAUCGAGCGUCUCUUAUCAACGUGGGAUGGCUGGAAUCUGAUCGAAUGGGAUGUGACUAUAUGGUAAUGCACGAUGUGGAUCUACUUCCGCUUAAUCCACAGAUCAGUUAUCAGUUUCCUGGUGAAGGCGUAGUGCGACAUAUCUCUUCUCCAUUAUAUCAUCCAAAGUACAAUUACUCCAAGUUUAUUGGAGGGAUCUUGAUGCUCACAAUGAAUGACUACAAGCUAGUCAAUGGAAUGUCGAAUAAAUAUUGGGGUUGGGGAUUGGAAGAUGACGAAUUUUAUCUCAGAAUCAGAGAUGGUGAUUUGAAUCUCACUCGCGUUGCGAAUCUUACCACCGAUCGUUCCAACACUUUUCUUCAUGUACAUGGAGUAGAACGCAAGCGGGAUUACGCCGUUGUUACGAAAGAUCAGAGGGCAAUAAAAAGGAAGCGAGACUAUGUAUCGGGACUCAACAGUGUACGUUAUAAUAUCACGGCCCGUCGAAUUCUUUCCUUUGGAGAUGCUCGAAUCCAUGUAGUAGACGUAAGUUUACAUUGCGAUAUGACAUGGACUCCUUACUGCAAGCUUCCCAAACGAUAGUGGUCAUCUGAAAAUUUUCCUUGUUUUGUUCUUUGUUUGUUAUUAUUCUGUUAUCAUUCUCGUAUUUCUUUUUUUUUCGAUGCUCAGGAAAGUUCUGUCAAUGCUAAAUUUUCAGCUUUUAAUAGUAUUUCCUCCUAUAUGAUAGCUGCAACUAUUGUUACUAUGCUUAUUUUGAAACUAGAUACUCCGCGGUCAACCUACCAUGAUCGUAACGGCAAUAAAAGAAAGGUGCACGCGAUUUUAGUGUUUAGAGCUAAAUGAACUCUUUUUAAAAUCAUAAACGGUGCUAUGAAACAGCCACAUACAUCUCCAACUUCAGUUUCAUCCAGUAUAAGCCCAAGUAUCUAAAUCAGCCAUCCUCCUUGUCAAUUUUUUGCCUAGAAUUUCUUAAUCUCUUCGCAUGUCUGAUAUGUAAUAACUGAGAAUAUCGUAAAAUGACUCAUUUUAAAUAUUAUUCUGUUUGUUGUCCCAUCCUCGCCUUAUAUUGUUCACUUUUCUGUUCUCUUGUUCGGUUCUCAAUAGUUGUUAAUCAUAUCAUCGAAAUACUUGAAAAUUUCACAUAAUCGGGUCUGUCGUCCUGUCCUUCUACUGUGAUUUCUAGGUGCAGUCACUUGUUUAUCUGAGUCUGUCCAUAGUGUUUCAAGCGUAAAUUGUUAUUUUCCUUGACAAAUGAGUAUAAAAAUGAUCUUAUCAUUCAAGCAUUUACAUUUGUCUUUGGUGCUUCUUUUGCAAACUGCUGCACUAGCGUCUUUGGUCUUCGUUUCACCGUCAAGGAUCUUCGCUCUACCAAGUCCUUUGAGAUCAUCUCGUUACCCGCGUUGUUAGAGCGUUCAGCCAAGUAUCCUUAAUGACAAGCAUCAUG